AUGACAGUUUUCCCCACCGACAAAUUCGCCACUAAGGCCAUCCACGCGGGUGCCCACACCGACGUGCACGGUUCCGUGAUCGAACCCAUCUCGCUGUCCACCACCUUCAAGCAGCACGCUCCAGCACAGCCAGUCGGUGCAUACGAAUACUCCAGGUCGCAGAACCCUAACCGUAAGAACUUGGAGGACGCCGUCGCCGCUUUAGAAAAUGCCAAAUUCGGGCUGGCCUUCUCUUCCGGUUCGGCCACCACUGCUGUAAUCUUGCAGUCUUUGCCACAGGGUGCGCACGCCGUGUCCAUCGGCGACGUCUACGGCGGUACUCACCGUUACUUUACCAAAGUGGCCCAAGCGCACGGUGUGGAGACCGACUUCACCAACGACUUGGUGAGAGACCUUCCAAAGUUGGUGAAGAGCAACACCAAGCUUGUAUGGAUUGAGUCUCCCACCAACCCAACGCUGAAGGUUACCGAUAUCCAACAGGUCAACGACAUCGUCCGCAAGAUCAAUCCAGAGAUCCUACUGGUAGUCGACAACACCUUUUUGUCGCCAUAUCUGUCUAACCCGCUAGACUUUGGCGCCGAUGUCGUGGUUCACUCCGCUACCAAGUACAUCAACGGUCACUCCGAUGUCGUGCUCGGUGUGUUGGCCACCAACAACGAGGAGCUGUACACCAAGCUGCAAUUCUUGCAAAACGCCAUCGGUGCUAUUCCUUCGCCCUUCGAUUCCUGGUUGGCUCACAGAGGUCUGAAGACUCUACACCUGCGUGUGAGACAGGCCUCUAUUUCUGCCGGCAAGAUCGCCCAAUUCCUAAACGACAGUGAAUUUGUUGAGUCCGUCAACUACCCGGGCCUAAAGACCCAUCCAAACUAUGAUGUUGUGCAAAAGCAGCACCGCGAGGCCCUUGGAGGUGGUAUGAUUUCUUUCAGAAUCAAGGGCGGUGCCGAAGCCGCUUCCAAGUUCAGCUCUGCCACCAGAUUAUUCACCUUGGCCGAAUCUUUGGGCGGUAUUGAGUCUUUGCUCGAGGUUCCUGCCGUCAUGACCCACGGUGGUAUUCCAAAGGAGCAGAGAGAGGCCAGUGGGGUCUACGACAACUUGGUCAGACUUUCUGUUGGUAUCGAAGACGCUGAUGAUCUACUGGAUGACAUCAAGCAAGCUAUGCAAAAGGUUAGCAAUUAG